UCUGCCCGCUAGUAGCACCCAGAGCGAGCUUGGCCAAGCCGCUCCAGCAGCCUUUCCAGGAACUGGAUCCACAGCCCAGACGGGCAGUCCUCACACUGCGCGUCAGCCGGCACCGGCGCUGCAGCGCGGGCGCCCCGCCGCCGCCCUUUCCGCGGCCCGGGGGAGGCGGGAGGGCGGGGGCGGGGCGGGGAAGCAGCCCCUCCUGGCACUCCGCCUGCCGCCCGGGGAGUCCCGGAGAGGGAAGCGGCGGUGUGUGGAGCCGAGCUGAGGACGAUGCCUGCCUGUGGGCAGUAAAGCAGCGGCUGGGGCCAGGAGCGAUUUCCAGAUAGAAAUCUCAGCUGCGUUGUGAUCAUAGUAAGAUACAGGAAACGAUGCCACAGACGCCUCCCUUUGCAGCUGUGUUUGACGGCCGUGGCUACAACAGGAGCCUGUAUCAGUCAAAAGAGGACACCUGUGGAGGGCUCUAUUACCAUGACAACAACCUUCUGUCAGGGUCUCUGGAAGCUCUGAUCCAGCAUUUGGUACCCAGUGUAGAUUACUAUCCUGACAGGACGUACAUCUUCACCUUCCUUCUCAGUUCACGCCUGUUCAUGCAUCCAUAUGAGCUCAUGGCCAAAGUCUGCUAUCUGUGCAUUGAGCAGCAGAGACUAAGUGAGCCUGGCCUGGACAAGAACCGGAUACAAAAAAUUGCACCCAAACUCCUACAGUUGUUGACUGAAUGGACAGAGACGUUUCCUUAUGAUUUCCGAGAUGAAAGAAUGAUGAGGAACUUAAAGGAGUUGGCACAAAGAAUAGCCAGUGGUGAUGAGAUGUAUCGGAAGAACAUACAGCAGCUCCACCAGAACCUGAUUAGGAAGCUCGCCACUGUUAGCCAGUAUGAAGAAGUACUUGCAAAAAUUAAUGCCACAUCCGCAGAUUGCCUCACAGUUCUAAAGACCAAGCCCCAGUCCAUCCAGAGGGACAUAAUCACAGUCUGCAAUGAUCCCUAUGCAUUAGCUGAGCAGCUGACACACAUAGAGCUUGAGAGACUUAAUUAUAUUGGACCAGAAGAAUUUGUCCAAGCGUUUGUGCAAAAGGAUCCUUUGGAUAAUGACAAGAGCUGCUAUGGAGAUCGAAAGAACACUCGGAAUCUGGAAGCCUAUGUGGAGUGGUUUAACAGGCUCAGUUACUUGGUUGCAACAGAGAUCUGUAUGCCUGUGAAGAAGAAGCACAGAGCAAGAGUGAUAGAAUAUUUCAUUGAUGUGGCACGGGAAUGUUUUAACAUUGGCAACUUUAACUCCUUAAUGGCUAUUAUUUCUGGUAUGAACAUGAGUCCUGUGUCUCGAUUAAAGAAAACUUGGGCAAAAGUGAAGACAGCCAAAUUUGAUAUUCUUGAGCAUCAGAUGGACCCUUCUAGCAAUUUUUAUAAUUACCGAACUGCUCUGCGUGGAGCUGCUCAAAGGUCUUUGACAGGUCAUAGCAACAGAGAGAAGAUCGUAAUCCCUUUCUUCAGCCUCUUGAUCAAAGAUAUUUACUUCCUCAAUGAGGGUUGUGCCAAUCGUCUUCCAAAUGGUCAUGUUAAUUUUGAAAAAUUUUGGGAACUGGCAAAACAGGUCAGUGAAUUUAUGAUGUGGAAGCAAGUGGACUGUCCUUUUGAAAGGGAUCGGAAGAUUCUGCAGUACUUGCUCACUGUCUCAGUCUUCAGUGAAGAUGCACUUUACUUGGCUUCCUAUGAGAGCGAAAGUCCUGAAAAUCACGUUGAAAAGAACAGAUGGAAAACACUAAGGUCAGCACUUCUGGGAAGAGUCUAGUGCACAAGAUCGCUGCUGUUUCUGCCAUUGGUACAUUAUGUGGAUUAUGAAGGGGCAUGGCUUAGUUUAUUUUUCUGUACUCUGAGUGGCAUUGAGUGAUGAAAAAUGUGGAGUCAGUUGUGAUACUGUGUCAGCAAAGAUGAAGCAAGUUAACUCAAGAACAAACGGGCAGCUUCUCACAUCUGACAGAUGAGAUAAAAUCGCAGCCCACUCAGCUGUGAUUCAGGCUUAAGUAUUGAUUGAAGGCAGCACUGACAGAAUCAUUUGAAGAACUCAGAUGCUGCCUAUGAAUCAUUUCACACCUGGAAGGAAUAUUUUUCCCCUUCCUUUUGCUGCAGCUUGCUGCUAAUGAUGACUCUGCAGAGCUGACAGUAGAUUACAGAGGAGAAAAAAAUCUCCAUUCCUUUCGGUGAAACCCAAGUCUGCAUUGAAGAGCUUCCAUUCCUAAUAAGCUGAAUAUAGCCAGGAACUUUGCAUGAUUGAGAAUGCUAAGAAGAUAAAGGACUGGACACAACAAAUUGGCUGCUGGGAAGAGUUUCUCCCCACCACUGUAAUGGUGGCUUGGUUUUUGUUUCUUUUUCCAUUAUGUUUUUGAGUUGGCUGCUGGUAGGCAAACUCAUUAUAAGUUAUUUAAAAAAUAUAAAGUAAUACAAAUCAAGGCUGUGGUAGAAAACACACCUGCUACAAAAAUAUAGUAGCUAUGUAGCUUGGACUAUUUUAUAAGUUCUAGGGAGAUUUUUUCUUUCUUUCAGUCAUUUACAACUAGCCACUACAUGCUACAGACAUUCUUAUUUUUACUAUACAGUUUUGUUACUCUAAUUUUCCAUACUUGACCUUCUUCUUAUAUUAGGUCGAACAAGCUGACUUUUCUAGAAUAGUCUUUGAGAAACUGGUGUACAAACUGCAUUGAAAUAUGAAAGUAUGUUUUUAUUAAGUCAUUUUUAUAAUUGCCUUUUUUUUGAAAGGGUAAUGAUGGAGAACACAAUCCACUUUAACUGAAAUAGCAAGAUGCCAAAAAGAAAAAAAGAUGAGGCUUCUUCUCAACUACAGCUGUGAAGAAAACAGUCUCCCUGUGUGUGUUUGCUUUAUGGAUUAUGUUUAUGACUGUGAAGUAGUUCAGUGUGUUACACACUCCUAAUAAGUUUGUAGUAGCUCUGAAUACUUAGUCACUCUAUUUAUCCUAGGAAGAACCUGAUGGCAAAAAAAGAAACUGUAGCUGUAAAUCACCCUGGGUGCAAAAUCAUUAAGCAAAAAAAAUACUUGGCAAAAAAAGGUAUUUACAAUUAACCUGCCACUGUUAUUUAAAAAAGAAAAGAAAUAAGAAUAAAUAUAUCUAUUUGUU